CUAUCAAAAGACAAUGAACUUAAAGCAGCUCUUCGCGACUUCCUUGCGCAGCAGCACCAAGCAAUGCCAUCCAUUUGAACUGAAGCCUCAGGCGGCAACAACUUCGUCGCGGCACUGGGGCAUCUUCGGCCGACACCAAGCUAACAAAAAAAUGACGCCGGUCGUGGAAACCACCCCGCAAACCACCCCUGAAUCCAGCCCCGUCCACCACUUCCCACUGUUCAUCGACACGCCCUCUGCAACCGCCGUCGGCGUGUUGAUUCCGCAAGAGUACCGGUACCAACGCACCAACUGCGUCGGCGGCAAGAACGUCCCAUUCACCCGAAGGCAGGUCAAGGUCAAGCAACGACGAGUUCGUCGCUACCCCACGAUCCCCGAAGAGGACAGCGCUACGAUUUACUCGGAAGCGUAGGAUCAAGCCAUUCGUACGGUUCAAUGUUGUAAAAUAUAGGCUUAUUUAUGAGUACCA